AUGAGCGCCAUAGGGAGGCCAUUGAUCAUCCUUGGCACCAUCCUCCUGCUGCACUCGGCCUACUCCACCUAUGAGCACUCUUCGAUCUCCAAGAGUGUAGGGAUCAGCCAUCCCAAGGUGCCGCUUGAUAUCACCAUCGAAUCCAUACUGUCGCUGGUGCUGCUCGUUUUGGGUCUCAUCAGGUCCGCUCAACCGCUAAAGGAGAUCACGUGGGCAGCAGAGAUGCGCAAGCGGUCCAUCGAUGAGGUCGAUGCCAGGACGAACUUUGCCGUCUUCAAUCACAGGGGGCCGUACUUGUUUGGCAAUGGGUUAGAGUGA